AGGUCAUACUGUCCGUUUGACCAAACGUGGAUUUCGAUAUGGGGAAAAUGAACUUCCCCAUCGUACUUUUAUUUUUGGCGUUUCUACAAUUUAUCACUGCUCAAGAUUGGCUGAAAGUCUCUAAGGAUGAGCUUUUGAAUCUCAGGAAUUCAGUCAAUGCUUUUGAGAGUAAGAAAUCCGACAUUGUGUUCUUGGUUGACACUUCGGGCAGUUUAUACCGAAGCGAGUUCGACGAAGAAAAAAAAUUUGUCAUGAAUUUGCUCAACGAGAUGAGCGUAGGUAUGCAAGCCAACCGCGUGGAGGUGAUUCCGUUUGGAACCUCAGCUAGCAAGUUCAUCACCCAGAUUUCAGACCCUAAGCCAACGAAGAACAAGUGUACAUUUAACGAAAUAUUCAACCCAAUGCAGCAGAGUAUUAAUGGGUAUAUGACGAACAUGAGAGAUGCUUUUGAGCUAGCAUGGCAGGUUUGCCUCAACAACGCGUAUAAGAGAACGCCCCUGACUGAGAUCAAAACUGUCGUUAUUCUCCUCACCGAUGGUUACUGGAAUUAUCCUUACAAUGAUCCCAGUCCUUUGCAAAGAGCACGGGAAUUGGUGACAGGCACUGUUGAGAUUUUUGCUAUAGGAGUUGGAAAUGGGGUUAAUCAGGCAAACCUUAGGAGCCUUGUUGAUCAGAAUAGCAUAGACAAGCACGCCUUUUUCUUGCACGACUUCAACGAAUUUGCGGAACUCGCAACCUACAUUAGAGGAGACCCUUAUGAAUACUUAUGGCAAACUGAAAAUGUGGACACGUCAAAAUGCAACGGCAAUUGUGAUCCCUCCGCUUAUUGCUCCUGCGGGUUGGUGUAUGGCGACUACAAGUGCUCAUGUCCCGCGGGAUUCGCGGGAUCUGGAUACGUGGGCCAGUGUAAAGCAUGUCCAGCCUCCACCUACAAGUCAUUCCUUGGCUACGCACUCUCGUGUACAGCCUGCCCUGUCAACUCAGGUCAUUCGAAAAUCGGCAGCAUUACAAGGGGUGAUUGCAAGUGCUUUGAUGGAUAUGAAGGAACACCUGAAAACGGAAACGAUUGUACACUCCGCAGUUGUGAUGCACUGACAAUUCCCGAAAACGGCGCCCUACAAGGAAACUGCUAUCGCACGUACGGAUCAAGCUGCACGUUUGCGUGCAAUGAGGGAUUUGAACUAGGAGGAACACCCACAAGAACAUGCACUGUCGACGAUGAAAAUAACAUUUUCUAUAGUGGGACUCCUUGGACAUGCACAGUUAUUAGGUGCCCAGCGCAAAAAGUGGAUUAUGGAGAGCCUCCAUCAGGUACAUGCACCGAUGAACACGGAAACGAAGUGGCAGACUUAGUAUAUGGAACAAAAUGCAGUUUCACAUGCAGAAGUGACCGCUACCGCGUAGGAAAUGAAUUCAACACAUGUCAGCUGGAUAAGACAUGGUCACCAACAGCUCCCAGUUGCGAACCGAUUACAUGCCCUGCGUUACCCAAAGUGCCAGUUGGUACGUACAACCCAUCAAGCUGUGACAAUGGUACCAUGACUUACCCAUCGAGCUGUGAGCUGAUAUGUCCAUCUGGUUACCACAUUAAUUAUCUACCAACAGCAGUUGGGUCUGACUCAAGAUCCUGCUUGGUAAAUGGGACUUGGACGUACAGGGAAACUAGCCCGGCAUGCUUAGAUUUUCAACCACCUUCAUUUGGCAACAGCUGCCCGUCACUUUUGGAGGUAAACAACGACCCAGGAAAAAGCGUAGCGACAGUAACCUGGAGUGUAAGUUGGACCGACAAUUCUUUAAUAGCGGACGAGCCAGGAAUAACCGUUGACUCGUUCUCGGUCGUCUUGACAAUAAAUGACAAGAACGUAGACACAAGUCUUCCUAAGCUGAUUGGUAUCGGUACAAACAGUGUGAAGUAUGUCAUCACAGAUGCCGCAGGGAAUUCUGGUUCGUGCUCCUUUACCGUUGCUGUUGCAGAUACCGAGCCACCAACUUGCGGCUACUGUCCGACCGACAUCACCAUAGACAACGCUACCGAAAUUGAAAUCAGGGUCAAUUGGGACAGGCCCAAUUGUACGGAUAACUCUGGCAAUCCACCAAACAUCAAUUCUAACAGACAAUCUGGUGACCUGUUCAGUGUGCCAAGUUCUAGCGAAGUUGUCUAUACUGUAGACGAUGGCAAAAACGUGAACAAGAACUGUUCAUUCAGAAUAACCCUCAAGAAAAAGACCUGCCCUUUGUAUGCGCCUCCGAAGAAUGGUGCUUUGAGCUGUCACACCAUUGGACAAGAUCCCACGUGCAGCGUGCAGUGUCAAUCAGGCUUCGAUUUUGUUUUCAAUCCUCCGACUGCGAAUCCUUCAUUUAUAAAAAUGUUUGGUAUAGCCGGGUUCUAUUACGAUGGGGACUGCAAUGACCCUAAUGUGCAAGAUCAAAUAAAACAAAACUACCUUACACUUCUUAAUUCCCCAUUUGUUCCACCAUUCUUCUGCGAGGAGAAACCUGACGAGUGUAAUGUCAAUACUAUUGAAGUCUCAUGUGGCGAAAAAACAGCUGCGCAGAGAAGGCGAAGACGAAAUUCGGAAAAGGUGGUAAAUAUCAAAUAUAUAUACGUUGACAAGAAUACUGGGCUUACACCAGGGACUAAUGACCAAAAAGGUCAGGAUGAUUUCAAUGCACAGAAAACUAAGACUGAGGGGGACAGGACUCAAGUUCUGGACGGGAUCAAGAAAGUCAACUGGGUGGAAUACAAGGCAAACUCUGGUUUAGAGUUGAUCGACUACAACGUCGAUAACUUUAAUCUCGGACAUCCGGAAGCUUUUUGCUCAGAAGACGGUGCUGUGGUAAAGAAGUGUACCGCAGCCAGCUGUUUUGCUCCACCUUGUAAAUGUGCCGAAGACACGGGAGAUGUCACGAAGUGCACACGUUGUCCCAUUGGAACAUACUACAAUGUUAACAAAGAUGACUGUCUUUUGUGCCCUGAGGGUCAAUACAGCCCUAAUGAGGGUGCCCUGGCAUGCGAAAAAUGCCCUGAGGGGACUUGGACACAGGGUACCAGGAAAGAAAACUUUACAGCUUGCACAGAUGAAUGUGGCCCAGGAUUCUUUUCUUCAACUGGCGUAGCCAAAUGUUUCGAAUGUCCCACUGGAACGUACUCAUCAGAUCAACGUAACAAAGUUUGUACACAGUGUCCUUUAGGUACAACGACUGUCAAGGCUGCUGCUAAAGGAAUUCAUGACUGUGGAAUGGAAUGUGCUCCAGGAACCUACUCAGACAAUGGUGUAGAGCCUUGUUUACCUUGUCCACAGGGUACCUAUCAACCAAAUUCUGGCCAAACGACAUGCCUGCCUUGUCCUGGACAAGAAUCUACACAUGGAACUGGGGCGAGCUCUCAAGCGUACUGUGGAGAGGUUAACACUUGUAUUUCGAGUCCCUGCAGCAAUGGUGGAAAGUGUGUGAACACGAAAGAAUCAUAUCGAUGUGAAUGUCUACCUGGCUACCAAGGGAAGAACUGCGAGACAGAAAUUAAUGAAUGCCUCGCGACACCAUGUUACGCCUCCUCUACUUGCGUCGACAAGAUUGGUGCAUUUGCAUGUCUUUGUCCUCCGGAAUACACCGGAAUAGAAUGUGAACUACCGUUUCUCCUCUGCACACGAGGAUACUGUCAAAACGGAGCAAAGUGUAUCGAUAAAGCGGGAACAUUCGAUUGCCAGUGUCAACAAGGGUACAGUGGAAGAUACUGUGAGGUGAAUAUCGAUGAAUGCGCGUCAAAUCCGUGCCAAAACAACGGUGUGUGCAUUAGUGGUUUAGACAACUACAUGUGCAAGUGCCAACAAGGAUACAGUGGUAAGAACUGCCAGAUAAAUAAUGAUGACUGCGCCGGCGAUCCCUGCCAGAAUAACGGGGUCUGCGUGGAUGGCAUUCAAUCAUACAGCUGUACAUGCCCAGCUGGGUACUCUGGGAAAAACUGCGAAGUAGCCAUCGAUCAUUGCGUUGGACAGCCCUGUGCUAAUGGUGGCACUUGCACGAAUACGCCAACAGGUUACAAAUGUAGCUGUAUGCCCUCAUAUUACGGAUGUCGCUGCACUAAAGUGCUCUCCACCGACUACGACUUGUCUUUUCAAGUGCGACAAGCCAAGUCCUAUUCUCGGCUUAAAAAGCAAGUUUCAGACAUUAGCGCUCUAACCAUCUCAUUUUGGAUGCGUACCAAAGACACAAACCCGGGUACAGUACUUUCCUAUGCCACAACAGUGAACAACGUCUUACAGGACAAUGCACUUACCCUACAAGACUACGCUGGGUUUAAUCUAUUUGUUAAUAACAAAACUGUUUUCACGGGCGUGAAGGCAAUUGACGGACAGUGGCAUCAUGUGGCAGUCACAUGGGAAAGCUCUGGAGGUACGUGGCACUCAUACAAAGACGGCGUUAAAGUGAAGAGCUCUACUGAAGCCUUUCAGCAAGGUGAAAUAAUAAAGGGCGGAGGCGUCUUGAUUCUUGGUCAAGAACAAGAUGAACUUGGGGGCGGCUUUAACACCGAAGAAAACUUCAUCGGCGAUGUAAGUCAGAUGCACAUAUUUGACAACGUCCUGUCCGCUACAGACAUUUAUAAUCUGGCAUACAGUUGUGAUCAUGUCAAAGGAAAUGUUGCAUCUUGGGGUGACUUCAGAGAACAGCUAGAUGGAGAGUAUCAUGUGACUGACAAGUCAUACGCUUGUGACUUCAACGCUGCUCAGAGACAAUUCUUCCUGACGUACAACUCAUAUAUAUCUGGAAGCGACGAUAAAGUGGUGCAGAAUACCUCCCCGGAAGCCUGCGCUUCGUCUUGUCGGUCGGAAGCUUCGUUCAUCUGUCGAUCCUUUGAGUUUGACAACUCAACCAACCGAUGUGCCAUGAGCAGCAAGUCGUCUUAUAACACUGGACUGGCGAGUGCAUCAAAUUAUCGAUUCUUUGAGCUAAAUUGCCUUAAGAGUCUUGGUGUAGGAGCUAAAAGUCGCAUCCCUGACUCUGAUAUGUCAGCAUCAUCGCAGUAUGCCGCAACCCACGCCGCGAAAUUUGGUCGCCUAAAUGCACAAACUCAGCAAAAUUCAGCAGGACAGGUAGAGGAGAACGGAGGCUGGGCUGCUUCAACCAACAAUGCUAACCAGUAUCUCCAAAUCAAGUUUAGCGAGGUCUUCCAGAUUUCUGGGGUGAUAACUCAGGGAGCAAGCGACGCUGACCAGUGGGUGACGAAGUAUAGACUUGAGUAUAGCAGCGACGGAGCAUCUUGGACUUACUAUCCUGAUACUCUUAAUGGCAACAGUGACCGCAAUACUGAGGUCCGCAAUGAAGUCAGAUUGUUUCAAGCCAUGUAUCUUCGAUUCAGACCCCAAGAAUGGCAUGGCCAUAUAACGAUGAGAGUCGAUGUGAAUGGUUGUCCAUUGCCUGUCGCCAAACCAGUAGAUAACACGGAUGAAUGCAGCAACUCACCUUGUAAGAAUGGAGCAGCGUGUGUUAACAGAUAUAAUGACUACCUCUGUAUGUGCCCCGGUGGCUUUACCGGAAAGAACUGCGAUACAGCGACCAACUGUAGACCAAUCGGUGCACCACUUUACGGCUCAAAGUCUGGUUCCAAUUACAACGCAGGAAGCACAAUCACAUUUACUUGUAACGCUGGUUAUACCAUGCGGGGAUCUUCGUCCAGAACGUGCCAGGGAGGAGGAUGGACUGGGUCCCACCCAAGAUGUCCGGAUACGGAUGAGUGUGCCAAUAAUCCUUGUAACCAGUUUUGCACAAACACUAACGGUGGAUACGUCUGCCAUUGUCAUAAAGGAUAUGAGCUUCAAGGAAAUACCAACUGUGUUGAUAUUAACGAAUGCUCAACUGAGAACGGAGGCUGUUCCCACUCUUGUCACAACUCUGCUGGUGCAUUCUCAUGUUCCUGUCCAACCGGGCUCGCACUGGAUUCUGGUAAAAGAAGCUGUCAGGAUGUCGACGAGUGUGCUACUAACAAUGGUGGCUGUGAACAUUCUUGCGUCAACACAUACCAGUCCUUCACCUGUGUUUGCAGACAGGGAUACACUUUGGGCGGGGAUAAAAAGACCUGCCAAGCAAUUUCAUGUCCCAGUUUAAGCAACCCUGGCAACGGAAACGUGGCACUGAGUUCGGGGCUUGUUUUGGGAAGCACCGCAACGUACACUUGCAAUAAUGGCUACCGAGGCUCAUACGGAAGCUCAAAAUACUACUGCCAGGCAGAUGGGCAAUGGUCGGGUAAAAUACCUACCUGCACACGUGUCCAGUGUGCAGAAAUCGGAGAGGUAGAGAACGCCAAUCCAGUUGCUUUAACUGGGCAAGAUGGCGGAAAAAAUGUUCUUAAUACCAAGGCAACCUUCUCUUGUAAAGCAAACUACGCUAUGGUGGGUGAUGCAGUCAGGACGUGUCAGCAAGACGGAACAUGGAGUGGAACUCAACCCAGAUGUAUCGCCGCUUUCUGUAGUCCAGUACCAGUCCCUGCUAAUGGCGCAGUUCAAGGUUAUCGGUAUGAACUGGGUGCUACUCUUCGCAUCACUUGCAACGAGGGCUACAAUAUGGUUCCAGCAAGCUCUGCAUUCAGGACUUGCAUCGCAGAUGGCAAAGGAGGAGGAAAAUGGUCAGAGACAGAUCCUGUCUGCGAAUUGGUAGACUGUGGUGACCCAGGCGACCCUUACGGCGGAUACCGUCAUCUAGCAACUGACACUAAGUACCAGGCCAAAGUGACAUACACCUGCAAAGCAGACCAUCAUUUGGAGGGAGAUGAAAGCCAAACGUGUCAGGCUGACGGACAAUGGAGUGGAACAAAACCUGUUUGCUUAGAGCGAUCCUGUGGUAACCCUGGUACUCCUACAAAUGGAAAGAAGGAUUCCACCAAUUACAAGUAUGGGUCUGUCAUCAAUUUCAGCUGUGAUGUCGGUUACAAUUUAGUGGGAUCUCAAACUCGGACGUGUCAGACAAAUGGAAAAUGGACUGGAACACAGCCUACAUGCCCAAUCGUUAGCUGCGGUGAUCCUGGCGCGCCGGCCAAUGGCGUCAGGUACGGAGACACAUUUACCUAUCAGAGCGUUGUAAUUCUUGAAUGUGACCCUAAGUACAAACUUGUUGGAGACCUCACUAGGACUUGCCAAGCGAAUGGACAGUGGUCCAAAUCCCAACCCACAUGCCAAUCAACGAGCUGCGGCACAUUUCUAACCGGACCAAGCGGGACUGUCACAUCGACAAACUAUCCUGGAAAUUACAACGACAACGAAUACUGCACAUGGCAGAUUCAAGUUCCGGUGAACAAGAAAAUUAGACUCGAAUUCACUGAAUUUAAGACGGAGACUGGGAAAGAUUUGUUGAUGAUCUACGAUACAAGUCGCUAUGAUAGUCCGAUUAUCGCAUUUGACGGAACCACUUACAAACCACCGCCGUUCACCUCAUCUGGAAAUGUCUUACGAGUUCGAUUCAUCAGUGAUGGAGCCACCAAUAGGAAAGGAUUUAGUUUCAACUACAAGCAAGUCGACACAAAUUGCGGAGGCACAUAUGAGGAGGGAAGUGGCACCAUCUCGUCCCCAGGCUUCCCUGGCGGUUACGCCGACAAUCUUGAUUGUAUGUGGCUGCUUUAUCGCGCCGUGGAAUAUCCUGAGUUUAUCUUCACUGAAUUCGAAACGGAAAGUAACUAUGAUCUAGUGUCUAUCUCCAGCGGGAGGUUUGCCGAAAAGACGUUGACGAACGGAUGGGGAGGGCAUGCCCUUCCGUCGGGUUCUUUUUACGACGAAUCAAAUCACUACCUUUGGGUUCGAUUUACCACCAACGGCGGAAAUGGGGAUGGACGAUUCCACAAAGGGUGGAGUGGGAAAUACCAGAAAUACUAUCCUUAUGUCAACAAGAAGAAGAGAAGAAAGUAAUGCGGCAACAGGGGGGGAGGGAGGGGAGGGGGGAUACCUCCCUGGCAUAAUAAAGAUGCAAAUGCAAGAAAAUGAUAUGUAAUACCGAGUGAUAAUAAAGGUUGAACCAACACAUA